UGAGUGACCACAGAGAGAGAGAGGGAGAGAGAGAGAGGGAGAGAGAGAGAGAGAGAGAGAGAGUGUGAAGGUGUCUGUGAGAAUUUAAGUACACUGUAGCAUCGGACACACGCGCGACCACUUCGGUGGACCCCGUGUUUCUCACAGGAAGACCAGCUCAGUCAGAGUGUGCUCACCUAUCCUCUCGUAGUCCCCUCACCUGGUCACCACUGCCAUGGCUCCAACCCUGACCACAGCGUUUGCUCGCCGCUGGUGGAUGGCGGUGACAGCGAUCAUAGAGAACCUGCUGUUUUCUGCUGUACUCCUGGGCUGGGGCUCUCUGCUCAUCAUGCUCAAGUCUGAGGGCUUCUACUCCAACCUGUGCACAGAACACGGUAACAGCUCUGCCUUCAAUGUCUCCCUGCCGGCCGGAGCUUCAUCAGCAGGGGAUGAGGAGGAAUAUCAGUAUGACGACUAUCAGCAUGAGCCUCGUGAUAGUGGAGUGGAGGUGGUUCCUCUGAAGCCAGCGGAGGAUGUUCUGCGUAUGAACGGGUGGCUGAUCUGUAAAGAGCAGGAUGAAAUGCUGAAUCUGGCCUUCACUGUCGGCUCCUGCUUCUUGAGCGCUAUCGCACUGCCCCUUGGCAUCGUCAUGGACAAGUACGGCCCACGCAAACUCCGCCUGACUGGCAGUGCCUGCUUUGGCUUGUCGUGUCUGCUUAUCGCUUAUGGAGCCAGCAACCCCAACGAACUUUCUGUCUUGAUCUUUGUUGCUCUGAUCUUCAAUGGCUUUGGAGGAAUGUGUAUGACCUUCACGUCACUUACGCUGCCCAACAUGUUUGGAGACCUGCGUUCCACCUUCAUUUCACUUAUGAUCGGCUCCUACGCGUCCUCCGCCGUCACUUUCCCUGGAGUUAAGGUGAUCUAUGACCUGGGGGUGACCUUCAUCACUAUCUUGGUGGUUUGGGCUGCGUGUGCCGGCCUCGUCUUCCUCAACUGCUUUCUCAACUGGCCUUUGGAGGCCUUCCCUGGUCCUGAGGACAUGGAUUACACUGUGAAGAUUAAGUUCAGCUGGCUGGGCUUUGACCACAAGAUCACUGGGAAGCAGUUCUAUAAGCAGGUGACGACGGUGGGCAAACGACUAAGCGCAGGCAACUCUCUCAAGCAGAAGGAGCUGGCCACCAGCGAGGGCCACAAACUCUGCCUCUCCACCAUGGACCUAGAAGUGCAUUGUGAGCCUAAAGAAGAAUCUCAGUCCUUCAUGCAGAGCAUCUUCAGUCCUCUGUUCUUGCUCAGUCUGGUCACCAUGUGCGUCACUCAGCUACGUCUCAUCUUCUACAUGGGAGCAAUGAACAGCAUCCUGGAGGCCAUGAGCGAUGGAGAUCUUAGUACAGUUGAGAGAAUGGAGCUGGUGAGUCUCUACUCCUCUAUUUUUGGUGUGAUGCAGCUGCUGUGUCUACUGACCACUCCUGUCAUCGGUCAGAUCAUGGACUGGAAGCUGAAGGAAUGCGACGACGAUGGCGAGUUUGACACGAAAGAUCUCAGCAAGGACCAGCCCCAGCCCAAGCGAAGGGACAGACAAAUCCAGAAGAUCACCAAUGCCACACGAGCCUUCUUCUUAACUAACCUCUUGCUUGUUGGCUUCGGGAUCACCUGCCUCAUCCCUAUCCUCCAGCUACAGAUGCUGUCCUUUGUUCUGCACACCAUGGUCAGAGGCUUCAUCCACUCAGCUGUUGGAGGACUUUAUGCUGCUGUGUACCCCUCAUGCCAGUUCGGGACUCUGACAGGGAUGCAGUCUCUGAUCAGCGCACUCUUUGCUCUGCUCCAGCAGCCUCUCUUUAUGGCCAUGAUGGGACCACUGCAGGGAGAUCCGCUCUGGGUGGACGUAGGUCUUCUCAUCUUUAGCAUGCUGGGCUUCCUGUUGCCUCUCUAUCUGCUGUGCUUCCGCAGAAACCUCCACAAGAAGAGGAAGCAGAAAGAAAAUGACGCCAAGAUCUACAUCAAAAUCAACGGCAGCGACAAGCCCGAAGCCUUCGUCUAGAAUCAGGCCAGACACAUCCAGGGAAACAAAGAUAUGAGAAUAAAUGAGAGAAACUGUCAUAACACACACACACACACACACACACAAAAUACGUUUUUUCCGCUCUUAGAGGCUCAUUGAACUGAUAACGUUGUCAUGGAAACUGACAACUGUUAAGCCAUCAUUGUGGAAGGACGACAGCAAUGAAGAGAGAAAUAUACAAACCUCAUCAGUUAAAAAAAAGUGGAAUUAGUGGAUUAGUUUCGAUGAGGAAUUUUCCUCUGAUAUUUCCUGUAUGUGCCUGAUCUGUGGAGAAAACCAGAAGCAUACACAUUUCUCCUACUUUCAGCCGAGCUUCCUGGCUCUUGGUGCUUUAACGACAUGCAAUAGAGUCGUUUAGUGGGAAUAAACUGGCAAAACAGCCAGUCCAGUGUCAUUUGAAGUGCCUCAGCCCUAUGUAAAAACCUGAUUUCCCUCAAACGGGUCCUGUUUUAAUUUAUUACCAUCAUUUGUUGUGGUGUGGUCAGAGUUUUAUAUCUGUGUGUUUUAAAACAUUUAUUAAACAAGCUUGCAAAGAGUGCUCCUGCAUGUAAAACACCACCGCUGGAUGAGUUAUGCUAGGUAUUUCUGUGCCUUUAGUGCUAGCCUCAUUCAGCAAUACCCUGUCCUAUAUAAAUUAGUCAAGAAGUAGCACCUCCAACCCAUUAUGUGUUUUAUACAUGUGCUUGGACAUAAAAUUGGUGGCCUUUGUCGCCCCCUAGGCCUUAAAGAGGGAAAUGCAGAGCUAUGCAUACAGUGUGUGACUGUGCCACAAGCGUAAAGCCUGUCCAACUGUACUGUUUUUGAAAAUUAAGAUACUACCUGUUGUAAUGCUAUUUAUUUAAGUUUAAUAAAUAGAUUUUCCAUUAAAUCUUUAAAUGAAUGACGACAAAAGCCGAAAUGUACAGAAGCCAUACGCAGCGUUGCACUGUCACAGGUUGUGACUGAAGUGUGUUUUGUUGUUCUCAGGCCCACAUUUCAUGGGAAUUGCAGCACUUUUAGCUCAUGUCUUAAACCCUCAAUGACUCACUUUCCUAAGACUUCAUUUGCCCUUGUUAUGUUAAUGUGUUAAUGCAGCUUAAUGCUAGGUAAAUGUGUGUAUUGAGGUGAAAACUGACAAAGCUGGAAAUGCAGGAUUUGUAUGCAUGACUAAUAGUCUGAAGAGAGAAGGUGUGAUGGUCAUAUCUGUAUAUUUAUUUGUUUUCUUCCUUCAUUUGAAGCCCUAUAUGUGAAGAAAUUCAUUUAAUAACCAUUUGCCAAGCUGUUUCUGUGUUCCAAGGGCUGCAUUAGUGCUUCUGUAGGCAUUACUGGUGAGGAGUAGCAUUAAAUAAAUGUGACUUUCUUCAUUUCA